GCGUUCGGCUGUUAACCGAAAGGUUGGUGGUUCGAGCCCACCCAGGGACGCACCUGCGCUUUUUGCUUUUGAGGAGACUUCCGGUGCCCCUCCCCGCGCGCGUGCCCUCCCGGUCUCGGCGGCCUGACUGGUGCGGCGACGCGCGGCGCGUGCGCGACCCUGUGGUCCGAAAGCGCACGGGAACGUCCCAGCGCUGGGUUCGGGUUUCCGCCGGCGCCCCGAGCCGUUUUGGGCGACGGUCCCGGCUACCCGGAACGCCAAAGAGGACGGACCGCAGAGGUUGUCUGAAGGCCGAGGCCGAGAUGGCGCCGCUGUGGGCUCCCGGCCUGCUCUGCGUCCGGACCCUGGGCCUGCGCGCCGGCGUGAGUGCGGCUCUGCAGGUUCGAGGUGUGCAGCAGAGCGUGGCCGCCGAGGGCCCCAGCAGCACCCAGCCCGCCGUGUCAAAGGCUGGAGCCGUUGCCCCCAAGCCCCCUGCGCUUCCCCGGAGCCGUGGUGAAUAUGUGGUGGCCAAGCUGGACGACCUCAUCAACUGGGCGCGCCGGAGCUCGCUGUGGCCCAUGACCUUCGGCCUGGCCUGCUGUGCCGUGGAGAUGAUGCACAUGGCCGCACCGCGCUACGACAUGGACCGCUUCGGCGUGGUGUUCCGCGCCAGCCCACGCCAGGCCGACGUGAUGAUCGUGGCCGGCACGCUCACCAACAAGAUGGCCCCCGCGCUCCGCAAGGUGUACGACCAGAUGCCGGAGCCUCGCUACGUCGUGUCCAUGGGCAGCUGUGCCAACGGCGGGGGCUACUACCACUACUCCUACUCGGUGGUGAGGGGCUGCGACCGCAUCGUGCCUGUGGACAUCUACGUCCCAGGCUGCCCGCCCACGGCCGAGGCGCUGCUGUAUGGCAUCCUGCAGCUGCAGCGGAAGAUCAAGCGGGAGAAGCGGCUCAAGAUCUGGUACCGCAGGUAGCGCCGCCCCGGAGCCGCCCUGCCGGACCCCAAUAAACGGCCUUGCUGCGCC